AUGACUUUAAGUAAGAGAAAAAAUAUGAACCUUUAUAAGUCCUUAAUAAGACCUGUUGUUACAUAUGGAAUGGAGACAAUAACGAUUGAUAAGGAGAAAGAAGAUACCUUACUGAAAUUUGAAAGAAAAAUAAUGAGAACGAUACUGGGCCCCAAUAUAACAAGAGAGUCAGAAAGAAGAAUGAAAACAAAUGCCGAAAUUGAAGAAGAAUUAAAGGGGGAAAGUAUUGAUCCAAAAGAUACAAUACUCCGUCAAUACCAGGAAGAAAUAUCAAGACUAAAAGCUCUACUUGAAAACAAACCAACGAUAAUAAAUAACGACAUUGAAGUAGAAGACUUAACGAUGACACCUGAAGAAGAAAUAAACCGAAACGUGCCUUCCACCGUCACCGAUCCAGACUUAGAUUCAAAACGGGACAAAUUACUCGCGCAGUACCAACAGGAAAUGAAAAAACUGAAGUGCUUACAUGAAAACGAGAAGAUCGAGAAAGAAAAUAUCAUCAAGCAGAUACAAAAGAUAAAGGAGGAAUACGACGAAAAUAUAAAAAAGUUAAAUACGGAGAUAAGUGUGAAUAAAAAGAAAGAAGAAACGUCGGAGGAUGAGAUAUUGAAGAGGAUAGAGGCUCUGAAGGCGUCGAUGAUUGGAGGAGAAAAAGCAAACGACUGCGAAUUGUCGGAGCGACGAAAACGGAAGAAACAGGCAGCCGAAGAAAGAGCAAAGUAA